CGUCUUUCUGUUCACAGUAGUAGAACCUGUGUCUUGUAAAAUUCGUGUACCUAAGCCAAAAUUGAUUAAAAGUCAUAACUUUUUGAUAAUCAGCGAUAAUGUUGAGGAACGACAAAAGAGACACUCAAUUGUACUAUACACCGGCUUCUGGACCAUGCCGUGCUGUAAUGAUGGUCGCAGCUGCAUUGAAGCUUAAAUUGAGUUUAAAGCCAAUUAAUUUGAUGGCCAGAGAACAAUAUCAUCCAGGAUUCCUUAAGGUUAAUCCCCAUCAUUCAGUGCCUGCAUUGGUUGAUAAUGAAUUCACAUUGUCAGAAUCAAGAGCCAUUUGCAUUUAUCUCGUUGAAAAGUACGGCAGAACUGAUGCUCUAUAUCCAAAGAAUCCAAAAACUCGUGGAACUAUCAAUCAACUCAUCUACUUUGACAUGGGAACGCUGUUUAAGAGGAUGUAUGAAUAUUACAUUAUCCCAUUCAUGACUGGAACUGCACAGGAUGAGAAACAAUUAGAAUCAUUGAAUGAAGCUGUUGGAUAUCUUGAGAACUUCCUAGCUGACAAAAAGUAUCUUGUCUCAUAUCGCCUGACAAUUGCUGACUUGAUACUUUAUGCAACUGUCUCGACAAUCGAAGCUUUUGGAUUUGAUUUUACAGCAACAUAUCCAAAUAUCACAAAUUGGCUCGAAACAAUGAAAGAUGCACCAGGUUAUGAUCAAAAUACUGAGGGUAUUGAGAUGCUCAAGUCCUUUUUAAAUAAUUAAAAUGUGUGAAAAUAAAUUUGUGGUGGGAAAGUUAUUGAAUAAAAGUGCAAUAGCUUAAUUAUU